ACAGAGAUACAGGGGUGCAGAGCCCGGCAGCGGCCCCCCAGCGCGGGGCACUCGGGAACAGGACUGUGGGGGAGGGGAGUUGCAGUUAAGGCUGCCUUCCCUCACCCCCGGGGGACUUGGCCUCCAUCCUUGUCCACAGAACCAAGGCAGUGACCAUGUGGAGCCAUGUGCAGCCAGUACAGGUCACGGAAGGCCUGGGGAGGAAGGAGGAGGUGGGUCAGGGGGAGGGGCUGCACUGGGGAGUGCUGUGAGACACCCCCUCCCCACCCCAGGCGGUGGCGGGAGUUUUGGCCCUGACUCAGCAGGGGACGCCGGGUGGGCUGGAAAGGAGGUUCAGGGAGGGAGGAGGCCUUGGGGGCUGCGGGUGACACAGGGUCCCGUCGGCCGUCCCAGUGGCCCCUCGCGGGCUUAGCACGCCCGACAGGACUAACACGACGGUGCCCGGCCAAGCAAAUCUUUUGUCCGGGGCGGCGCUGACCCAGCAGGGCGCCGCCCGGUAUAAACGGGAGUCCACGGAGGACUGGGCACGGCGCACGAUGGCGCAGCGCUCCGGAAAGAUCACUUUCUACGAGGGCAAGCACUUCACGGGGCGGAAGCUGGAAGUCUUCGGGGAGUGCGACAACUUUCAGGACCGAGGCUUCAUGAACAGGGUGAACUCCAUUCGCGUGGAGAGCGGGGCCUGGGUCUGCUUCGACCAUCCCGACUUCCGGGGCCAGCAGUUCAUCCUGGAGCACGGUGACUACCCCGACUUCCUCCGCUGGAACGGCCACAAUGACCACAUGGGCUCCUGCCGGCCGGUAGGAAUGCAUGGGGAACACUUCCGCCUGGAAAUCUUCGAGGGCUGCAACUUCACGGGCCAGUGCCUGGAGUUCGUGGACGACUGCCCCUUCCUCCAGAGCCGGGGCUGGACCAAGAGUUGUGUCAACGCCAUCAAGGUGUACGGGGAUGGAGCGUGGGUCCUGUAUGAGGAGCCCAACUACCGUGGCCGCAUGUACGUGGUGGAGAGGGGCGACUUCCGCGGCUUCUCCGACUGGGAGGCCCACAGCGCCCGCGUGCAGUCGCUCCGCAGGGUGGUCAACUUCUUCUAGCCCCUCGCAGCCCAGCCUGGGCCUCAGGACCUUGGGCAAUAAAAGUCCUCGAAGCGGA